AUGGAAGAGCAUCAUUUUAGUUAUUUGAGUUUCUUGGAUUCUCAAGCGGAUUCUCAACAAAAUUGUAGUCUGAUGUCAGAGUUUUCUGAUUUUGUUCAUGAUAUCUGCGAACAAGAUUAUACAUCUCAUUUUACAACCGAUGAUAUUUUCUCAACACGUGAAGAUUUAAUUAAAUGGGUUAGAGGGGUUGCUUAUAAUCUUGGGUUUGUCGUUAUUAUUCUAAGAUCGGAUAAAUACAAUGGACAACCAGGAAGAAAGACCCAUGUAUUAUUAGGUUGUGAAAGAGGUGGAAAAGAUAGAAAAUACAAGUGUGAUGCAGAACCCAGUUUAUCUGGGACAAGAAAAUGUGAUUGUCCCUUUAGAUUGAGAGGGAGACCCAUCUCUCAAGGGGAGGGAUGGGUGUUGAACGUAAAAUGUGGUUACCAUAAUCACGAUGUCUCUUCUACUCUAGUUGGUCACCCCUAUGCGGGUAGGUUGAAGUCUACUGAACAGUCGUUGCUUGUUGAUAUGACCAAAAGUCAAGUCAAACCUGCAAAUAUACUUCUCACUUUGAAAGAAAAAGAUGAUUGUAAUGUUACAACUCUGAAGCAAGUGUAUAAUGCGAGAUAUAGGUACAAACGUUCAAUAAGAGGUUCAAGAACUGAGUUACAACAGUUAAUGUUGAUGUUGGAACGUGAUCACUACAUCCAUUUUAGUAGAUGUCUUGAUGAAUCUGAUGUGGUAAGCGAUUUGUUCUGGACCCAUCCUGAUGCUGUGAAGUUGUUAAAUUCAUUCAAUAUUGUGUUCUUAAUGGAUAAUACCUAUAAAACCAACAAAUAUCGGUUGCCAUUACUUGAGAUUGUUGGUGUGACCUCAACGGGAUUAACUUUCUCGGCCGCUUUUGCAUUUUUAUAUAGUGAAAAGCAAAAUAAUUUCAUUUGGGCUCUUGAAAGGCUAAGAGGUCUAUUUAUGACGUCCGAGGGUGGUCCACAAGUCAUUGUAACUGAUAGGGAUCUUGCUCUAAUGAAUGCUGUUGGCAUGGUGUUCCCUCAGUGUUAUCAUCUUUUAUGUCGUUUCCACAUUCAAAAAAAUGUGCAGGCAAAGUGCAAAAUGUUAGUAAAUUUUGUUGAUGCAUGGGAUGUUGUAUUGCAAGCCUGGGAGAAUGUCAUGGACUGUGAAGAUGAAUUAAAGUUCAACGAGUGUGUUCAUCGUCUUGAGCUUGUUUGCCAGCCAUGA